CGGGCGGGACUCAACCUCCAGGCCAACCUUCGGAGCCGAGGGCGCGCCCUUUCCCACGGACGGCCCUGCCCUCCUCCGCCCAGCCUCGCCUAUCCGCGAGGCAAUCGUGCGGGGCUUGUAGAGUGUGAGCAGUUGUUCCUCUCCACCUCGUCUUUGUUCUUGGCUGUUACGUUUCCUCCCCCGAGUCUGGCUGAGGGAUUGAUCUCGGAGCCCUUCUGGUAGCAUACAGCCAGAGUAGCUCCUCCGGGCCGCCAUACCCACCGCCAUGUCAGGCAAGGCAGCUCGCGGCGGGUCCGCAACGGGCGUCAGUCCUUCUCCUAAUGUCACCCCUUCGCCUCGUGCCGGGCCCUCGACGUCAAACGCCCAGCAGGGCUCCUCUCAGGAUCUCACACCUUACCUGGGCAUGCCUCUGCGCUUGACACUCAUAGGUGAAGAAGACACACCAGCCAUCGGCCUCCUAUUCGCCCACGAUCCUUCCUCCGGCCUGGUCAUCCUCGAGACUGGAGCUUAUCCCUAUCCCAACUAUCCCUCCAAGGCAGCUGCCGCGCCCUCCACCAGGCGACACCAGGCAGUGGUAUCUGCCAUCGGAGGCUUCUCACGUAGGGACCCGACGGGCUUCCGCCUGAUCAAGGAGAGGACGAUCAAGGAGGUCAAUGUGCUCAACCUCAACGAUCAGCAACAGUCAGGCAAUGGGGCCAUCAAGGGCUUGCCCCCGGCUCUGCCCAAGAAGAUUAGCGAGAUUCAGCCGGUGAACGUAGCCAUAGUGGAGAAGAGGGAGAUGGCGGCAAGCAAAGAUGCGGCGCUGAGAGCAGCCAAGAUUGGAGUGGGAGUUAGCGAGAUGGCACAGGAAGUCUUCGAGGCAUUAAGCAAGACUCUCCCCUGCAGGUGGCAUGACAAGCAUAUCAUCGUCAUGGACGAAGUGGUAUUGGUAAGUUCGAGAGAUCCGGACAUGACAGGUGGACUCUCUUGUCUUUCAGAUGCUGAUCCUGCCUCCUCUUGCGCGCCCGCACAGUCCGAGCCGUACGAUCCGUCUGCCCUCCGAAUCCCUAAGUAUUCUCCUACCCUGCUGGACAAGCUCCUCGACUCCUCUAGUCAGGUGACACCAGGAGAGCUGCCGGACAAGGAAAGCGUGACCACUGCCAAGGGCAAGGCUCGCAGCUGGGAGCGUGUGCGGAGGGUCCUGGAGGGCGAGCGCAGGAAGAUCGAGGAGAGGAGAACAGCUGCUACAUAGCCUGCUUCGGCUUGAUCGUCUUGUGCGGAACGCAUUUGUAGGGCGUUGCUCGUCCGCAUGCUAGACGGUCUUCGGGCAAGGUGAUCAUCCAACCACAAUGACCAUGCUUCAUAAGAGAUGCCU